GUGAAGUCGGGUAACAGAUAACAUUUACCAAGUAUGCAUAAUUAUUUCGUCAGCCAUUAAACGGAUUACUCAUUAGAAUAAAUAUUUAUUUGUGAUUGCUCAACAAACAUGUAACCAGUUUUCUUUUGAGUUUCGGAAUUUUGAUCUGUAUAUAAACCUACCAAUGCUGUGCAUCACUUUGGUUCGCUACAAGUUUUAACAAAGUGCUAGUGUUUGCCAAGAGAUAAUGGCUUGUUAAAAGCUCGACUAACGUAUAAAAAGGCGAACUUAGCGGCUAAACAAUCAGUAUGUUCUGAGAGUUAAACGGAAACAGUGUUAGGUGAUCGCUCGCAAUGCUUUUUACAAUCGCCCUGUUGGGCGUAAUCUUGGCCUUGGCCUAUUACUUCUAUAUCAAAGUCUUCACCUAUUGGGAACGCAAAGGAGUUCCCUUCGAGCGUCCACUGAUGCUAGUUGGCAACAUGAAGGGAAUCGGGUCGAAGUUCCAUUUCCGGGAAAUCAACCAGAGGAUCUACGAUCAGUUCAAGGGAAAGUCUUCCUUCGCCGGAAUGUACAUGUUCUUUAAGCGAACCGCCAUGAUUACCGACCUCGACCUGAUCAAGCAGGUGAUGAUCAAGGACUUCAGCUACUUUCAAGAUCGUGGUGCUUUCAACAAUCCCCGUGACGAUCCCUUAACUGGUCAUCUUUUCACCUUGGAGGGCGAGGAGUGGCGAUCGAUGCGACACAAACUGAGUCCCGUUUUUACCUCCGGAAAAAUGAAGCAAAUGACGGGAGUCAUUAUCGAAGUGGGUCAUCGCCUGGCCGAAGCCAUGGAUACCUCAGUGCAGGCGGCAAAAGUGGAUGAUGGCUGUGUGGAGAUUAAGGACCUGUGUGCCCGGUUCACCACGGACGUGAUUGGUUCCUGUGCCUUUGGACUGGAGUGCUAUAGUCUCAAGGAUCCCAACGCCGAAUUCCGCACCAAGGGCCGACAGAUUUUUGAGAGACGUCGUCAUUCUCAGUUUGUGCAAUCAUUUCUUUUUACCAACGCUAAGUUGGCUAAGAAGUUGCGCUUCAAAGUAUUUCCCGAUGAUAUAACCGAUUUCUUUAUGUCGGCUGUAAAAAAUACUGUGGACUAUCGCCUCAAGAACGGCAUAAAGCGAAACGACUUCAUCGAUCAGCUAAUAGAGCUCCGAGCAGAGGACCAAGAAGCGGCUAAAAAGGGUCGGGGUAUCGAUCUAUCCCAAGGACUGACCCUGGAGCAGAUGGCCGCGCAGGCCUUUGUGUUCUUCGUAGCUGGGUUUGAGACCUCCUCCAGCACCAUGUCCUUCUGCCUGUAUGAACUUGCCGUGCAGCCCGAGAUUCAGCAGAGGGUGAGGGAUGAGAUUGAAAGUGUGCUCGGCAAUGUGGAAGAAGGAGAGCUCAAUUACGACGCCUUGGCCGAAAUGAAGUAUUUGGAUCAGGUGGUGGCUGAAACCCUUCGGAAGCAUCCCCUUCUCCCCCAUUUAAUAAGAGAGUGCAAUCGAGACUACAAAGUACCCAACACAGAUAUUGUUCUGGACAAAGGCAUCACUGCCUUGAUCCCCGUACACAACAUUCACCACGAUCCGGAGAUAUAUCCAGAUCCAGAGAAGUUCGAUCCCAGUCGGUUCGACCCGGAGGAAGUCAAGUCUCGCCACCCGAUGGCAUAUUUGCCCUUUGGCGAUGGGCCUCGCAACUGCAUUGGACUGCGUUUUGGAAAGGUUCAGGCCAAGGUUGGUCUGGUUUCGCUGCUUCGUCGCUUCAAAUUUUCCGUAUCGAAACGCACCGAAGUUCCUUUAAUUUUGUCGAAGAAGGCUUUUCUGUUGUCCACCGAAAACGGCCUUUAUCUGAAAGUAGAAAGCAUUUAAGUUUAAGCCAAAAUAAAUAUGCAAAUUAAAAAGUGGAAGUUAAAUAAAACAAAAGCAAAAUAAAUUGAACACCUUUAAAAAAAACAGUUACGGGUUAGAAGUUAAAUAAAAGAUCGGAAAGCGGAAGGCGGGACUUAACCUUAUAUGAAUCAAGCGUUAGGCUUAAAAAUAGUAAAAUGAACAAUAUUCACCAAAAGUGUUCUCGCUUAUGAUUUAGCUUCUAAUAAAAAAUCAUCCCUAUGAACUAUAUUAAUAGAAAUAUUUUAAAUUCAAUUAAAAAGUAAACAGUAACUUCAAAUACUUCAGUGUUAAGUUUAAAUAUAUAUUAAAAUUUGUUAAUCUGUGUUGAAGAAAAAGGUAAAAAUGAAAAUAGAUAAAUUAAAUGAUUUAAAAUUAAACGUAUUAUUAAUGAAUAAGCAUUAAAAUAAUUAAGUCAAAUUGAUAUUGGGACACAAAUCAGAGCUACAAAUAUUGUUGUUUUUAUUUGAAUGCUUGGUAAAGCUGAAAAGAGUGAAAAUAUAUCAGAAUGCUCUUUGUACAAUAAAUUUUAAUAAUUUUAAA